GCGUCGGGUAAUGGAAAAAGUAAAACAAAUAAUCCUUAUCAAAAGAUGGUGCAGGUACGUUUUCAGGGACUAGUUAUAAGGAGGAGCUGGUGUGUUGUCUUGUGUCAUCCAAAUGAGGGUCAACAUAGGAAAUAGUUGUAAUUCUUGUACGCGUAUUUAAGUAAUGUUAUGUGGAAGCACCAUCCUUUGAUGCACCAUUCUUGUCUCGUACACUAUUACGGAAGAUAAGAAGAGGAAACACUUUAAUUGCAAACAUGUGGACGAAAUCUACACUUUUACUACUUGUACUAUGUGCCUUAUUCCUGACAACCGACAGCGCCAACCUAUGUGGCUUCUGUGAUGUUUUAAAGCAGUGCGUAAGCUUUCCCGCCUGCAAACAGUACUGGGACAUAUGCAAGUGUGAAGCUAUACCCUCGGACAUCCAAUGUGGCGUUGCUGAAUCUCCUCCCAUACCUAGGAUAUCCACCUACAUCGUUGGCGGACGGGACGUUGGCGAGUGCGAGUUGCCAUGGACCGUCGCGCUGUUCAUCAAGGGUUCCUUGCGUUGUGGAGGCGCCAUCAUCGACGACAGACACAUCAUCAGUGCAGCUCACUGCCUCAUGGGAAUAAGGAAUGCCAAAGAUGUAACUGUGGGGCUCGGAUCCUCAGACAGACGCCGAACACGAAAUGCAACAGUAUCAGCCUUCAGCAUGCAUCCAGAGCAUUGGUCAGAUGUCAACGAUAUUGUACUUUUAAGACUAAAAGAACCCAUCAAGUUUAGCAAAUGCAUACGUCCGAUUUGCCUUCCACCUCAAGACCAUCAGUAUAAACCCAUGCAGAAAUGCAUUGUUGCUGGAUGGGGACUUACAUCAGAGACGAGGCUGUUCCAGCCGUUCCAGCUACAGAAGGUGAAAGUACCGCUGGUGGAGUGGGAGACGUGCCAGACGGCGUACAACAUGGUGGACACACAACUCUGCGCCGGUUACUUCGACAAAGGAGGAAAAGAUUCCUGUAAUACUGAUUCCGGCGGUCCUCUGAUUUGCGACUACAACAACAAAUGGACUCUGAUUGGAGUUGUGUCUAGUGGUGUUGGUUGUGCUCGGCCCAUGUUUCCUGGAAAAUAUACAAGAGUGUCCAAAUAUAUCGCUUGGAUUGACUAUGUAACGUCAGCGAGGAAGCCUUAUCACUACUAUAAAGUCAUGGGUUGGUGUGAGGGAAUUCGCGUCUGGAGUCUCUGGUGGCGAGUUUUUGUGUUUACUCUCUGCUUGUUGACAUUUGUGUGUAGGAGCCACGGUCAAACACGCAGAUGUGGAGAGCACUGUCCGUACUUCCGCCAAUGUUACCCCACAUCCCAGGUGUGCCAGCUACUCUACAGAUACUGUCAAUGUGGGCGCCCACCUUCCGUACGACCUCCUCCAAGGACAACCACGACUACCGUUCCCUUGUUAACUGUGAAAGACUGUGGUGUGAGCUCCAUAACCGGCCCGGCCCAGAUGUACGUGGCAUCUAGCCGUAUUGUGGGAGGGGAUGCGUCUGCAGAGUGUCAGUUUCCCUGGAUGGCUGUAGUGGCAACCAGAAGCAGCCUGUGCGGUGGCAGCAUCAUCGACGACAGACACGUCCUCACUGCUGCUCACUGUGUCGUAAGACGAAAUGUUGUGGUAAACCCAAGACGGUUGACUAUAGGAGUUGGGUCUUCGAGUCGGAACAGAGCAAGACGAUUUCGUGUCUCUCAAGUCACGGUCCAUCCUCAGUACCGAAGCAGUAGUUUCUCUAACGACCUUGCCGUCAUCACGUUGACAAGGAGGUUGCAAUGGUCACAGUGUGUUCGCCCCGUCUGUCUCCCUGACCAACUCGACACUGCUCUUGUUGGGCAAAUAUGUGUUGCUGCCGGAUGGGGACUAACAAAUGAGAAAAACUCACGGGCCGAGAAUAAUCUCCGGAGCGUCAAAGUGCCAAUAGUGAGCAGUGCUACAUGCAGAAGGAUAUAUGGAUCCCGGAACUUUGACACAAACAACAUCUGUGCUGGUGACGUUAGAGCCGGAGGCAUUGACUCUUGUCGGGGAGACUCCGGAGGCCCUUUGAUGUGUAGUUCCGGCACCCAGUGGAAAGUGAUGGGCAUCGUUUCUUUCGGAAGAGGGUGUGGACGGCGAAGGGCACCGGGGGUCUACGCCUUCGUUCCUCCCUACGUCUCAUGGAUAAAUAGCGUCAGGUCAUGAUUGGCAGCAGUGACAUCAAUCAUCGUUAACGUUAUGAACAAAACCAUUUUCAACACUUUACAGGUUAGGUUGACAUCCUGUCAUGUGAAACGCAAUGACGUCAGAUGUAGAAAUAAAAUGGCAUAAUUGUAUUCCUGGCUUGUAAAUAAGCACUAGUCCAUAUAUCACCAUGCAUUGCAAAUAUCAUGGCACUGGUCCAUUGUUUGUUAAUUAAAGGAAAAUGACACUGGACCAUAACUCAUUAAUCAAUGCAAGUGUAAUGACACUGGUUCAUUGUUCUUUAAACGUAGAAAAUGUAAUGGCAUCGGUCUAUAGCUCAUUUAUCAUUGCAAAUGUAAUAGCACUGGUCUAUAGUUUAUUAAGCAUUGCAAAUGUAAUAGCACUGGUCCAUAGUUCAUUAAGCAUAGAAAAUGUAAUGGCACUGGCUCACAGUUCAUUGGGCAAAGCAAAUGUAAUCACACUGUCCAUAUAUUGAUAAGCGCACCAAAUGCCAUGACUUUGGUCCAUAGGUCAUUACGCAUAGAAAAUACAAUGGCUCUGAAUGAUUGACUAUUGAGUAGGGAACACAACUCAUUGUUAUCCCUUAAAACGAUAUCAUAGUUUGUCUGUUUUUAUAAAAUACAUGAACAUCAUUAGACUUAUA